GCAGUGAAAACAUUAAAAGAAAUGGCAAUGUCUGAAAAUAGCUUUAUUGAAGAGGCCAAAACUAUGACUCAACUAAGUCAUCCUAAUUUAGUACAGUUAUAUGGUAUAGUUACAGAGAAAAAACCAUUAAUGAUAGUCACUGAAUUAAUGAGAUAUGGAGCUCUAAUAACCUAUUUAAAGAGGCAUUCUGAGAUAUUAAACAAGCCAGCAGACAUGUUAGAUUAUUGUGUUCAAAUCUGUUCUGGUAUGGUCUACCUGGAACAAAGAAAGUUUAUACAUCGAGAUUUAGCGGCUAGAAAUUGUCUGGUGGGUGAAAAUAAAGUUGUCAAAGUGGCAGAUUUUGGACUCACAAGGUCUGUAUAUUUGUAUUAG